ACAAAGAAGUCGGAAGUUGGAUUCAAGGACUCUUGCAUUUCCAAUAAACAACGUACAUUAUCUGUAAACACAACCGUUUGCAACGUAUUUUAAAGUUGUUUUUAUACAAGCUGAUCCUGGUUUGAGUAGAGCGCACCAUGGCAGAGGGAGGUGAUGAGUGGGAGCUCUGUAAAGAGAAUGUCCAGCCAUUGAAACAGGGCCGGACAAUUUCAACAUUACAAGAGGCAUUGACUCAAGAGGGAACCAACCACAUUGCCAUCGAACAACAGAGACAGGCUUUAGAAUCUGAAAUCCGUUUCUAUAAUGGUGAUGAUCCACUAGAUGUAUGGGACAGGUACAUUAAAUGGACUGAGCAGACCUACCCCCAAGGAGGCAAGGAAAGUAACCUCUCAACUUUGCUAGAAAAGGUAGUCAUGCUGUUUAAUGAAGAGAAAAAAUACUUCAACGACCCCCGCUAUCUGAACUUAUGGCUUAAAUUUGCUGAUCAUUGCAGCGAGCCUCUAGAUCUGUACAGUUAUCUGAAUGGUCAAGGGAUUGGAGUCUUGCUGGCUGCUUUCUAUAUCUCUUGGGCAGAUCAGUAUGAGAUGCGUGGCAAUACAAAGAAAGCAGAUGCCAUUUUUCAAGAGGGUUUGAAGUGCAAGGCAGAACCAUUGGAUAAACUGCAGUAUCAUCACAGGAACUUUCAAGCACGUGUAUCCCGUCAGAUCAUGACUAAUAUUGCAGAUGGGGAAGAUGAUGUGGAGGGUCCUGAAGCAGUAGAGCCCCAAAGAGCCUCGCUGGUUGAGCUGAAACACAAAGGGAAAACAAAGGCGACUGUCCCCAUUUCCCGAAUAGGGGAUUCAGUUAAGCACCAUGGCCGUGGGCUGAGCAUACAGAUGCCAGCUCCCAUGCACAAUGAGCAGAACCAGCGAUUUUCAGUAUUUAAUGAAAACCAGAUUGGGCUUGCAGAGUCCCUAGCACCUCGACCAGAAUCCUGGAGUGCACCACCUACAGGCAGAGCCAAGGAGAAUGAGCUGAACCCAAGAAAGUGGAACACUGUCAAGCUGCAACAACAUCCAAGAUCGAACGCUGCUGUAGAAAUUCCAAACAGCAGGCCAAACUUCUUGCCGUUUGUAGAGGAGUCAGAUCAACAGCCAGCUAUAACUCCGUGUAAAAUCAACCCGACUGUGAACAAUGUGCUGUCUACCCGCAAGCGUGGAAAGGAGGAGGACCCACUAGAGCGAGUGCAGGGACAGCAGCAGGGGCAGACUGACAAAAAGGAACAGGCCAUGUACUCUGCAGAGCUGCUUUUUGGUGGCGCCAGUGAAUUCUGUUUCGAGGAGAUCCGAGCUGAGCUUUACAGAAAAAAGAAGGAUGAAGAAGCCAAUGAAAUUGCUUUGGCAACAGCUAGAAGAAAAGAGGAGCUGAGAAGACAAAUUGAGGAAAAGCAGAGACUUCUUCAAGAGGCACAGGCACAGAUGAACGUACCUGAGAUCUUUCAAGAAAGAAAAGAGUGCAAGACGCCUGGAUCACCAGAUGUUCCGGAAAGAGCCCCCCAUUCUGUCCCAGGAGGGAAUAAAACAGGGUUCCAAAUAUAUGUGGAACCAGAGUUUAUUCCAAUCGGGGAUACCAAACCUUUUCAAAGUGAGAAUGAUAUCGUUGGUUUUGCAGAUGAAGUGUUUGAGGAUCAGUCUGUCAAAGAAGAUCAUGAAUUUGAAAAAAUGUUUAUGAAGUCUGGCAAAAGUAUACAAGGUUUUGGACCACUGCUGACCAGUGCACCGCUCUCUAAGUUCACUCCUUUUACCAUUUUAGAUGAGAGUGCUAGUUUAGAAGAACGUAUAGAGCGUCCUGUGACCACUUCCAAGCCCAGUGUCCGUCGUCCUCUUGGUACCAUUCUAAAGCCAUUCUCAGACAUCUCCAAAGAAUCUGCUGCUGAAAGUGAUGAGCUGAAAGGAAUUGAACCCUUGAAUGAAGACGCUAUUCUCAGUGAUUACCGUAAUAAAACCCUGUGUCCCAGUCCAGAAAACACAUGUGAUUUUGUGAGAGCUGCGCAGCUAGCCUCCACCCCUUUCAAUGGAAUGAUGGCACAAAGGAGUGAUUCAGAACCAGAGAACUCUAUCCGUGAGGAGAUGACUGAUAAAAGGUUUGCCAUAACGCCAAAUGUAAAUGAGCAGGCCGUCGGAGUUAAAAAGCUCAGUCCGAUUCUGGAAGCCAGUUUAGAAGAUGCUCAUUUUUCCGUCUCCUCGGCCUCUUCUACUUCCUCAAUGGGUGGACUUUCUUCUGUCAAAGAGAUGGUCCCAAGCAAACUGGAGCUCGGGCAGUCUCCGUCUGUGUGUGCCCCCAUUGAAGGCAAUGAGACAGCAGCUGAAGACCCCUGGAACAUGCAGGUUCGAAGGCAGCUCUUGGGGAACAUUUCCAAACCAUUGAGCUCCUUUCCAGAGUUUCACGUGGAAUCAGGGCACAUGCCUACACUGGAGGAGGGUGGUGAAGUGUCUCUAGGUGGUGAAACCUAUAUAAUUCAGCGGGAAGUAGUAACCGCUGAGGGUUACAAAAUAUAUUUUGCCAAACUAUCCAUGGACAUAGAUGAUAGUAAAUCUACAGUUAUUAAGGCUGAUUCCCUGUCUUUACCGUGGGAUUUCUACAUUAACAAACAGUUGAGGGAACGCCUGGGUGCCAACUAUGAAAAAUAUUUCAGUGAGCAGUGCAGCUGUCACUUGUACGAGGAAGGUUGCGUGACAUUGAACCAGAGACUCAACCCCCACACACUACAGGAUGUUCUGCAAGCAAAGCGGCUCUCCCAAAGUUUUGCUGCAUUUCUAACUGUCAGCUUGCUCGAACUGGUAGAACAAAUGCACAGUGUUCAAUUGGUGCACGGAGAUAUCCGACCAGAAACACUACUGCUGGGAGACUGUUUCUUUAUCGAGGAGGGCAGUGCACUGAAGACAGUUGACUUCUCUCAUAGUCUGGAUCUGGAUUUGCAGCCUGGAGUGCAAUCGGUCAGUGGUUUCCAAACAGCUCAGGCAUUCAUUGGACAGGAGAUACUGUCAGAGUCCACCAGUCCUUAUCAGGUUGAUCUUCUGGGGAUUGCCGAUACCGUAUAUCGUAUUUUGAAAGGAAGAAAUAUGCAGGUCAUUAAAGAGGAUUCGGAAUGGAAACUUGUGAAGGAGCUGGAGUCAAGCUGUGAGGAGGAGGAGGAGAAACUAUGGCUAGAGGACCAGGACAGGGUGAACCUAGACGAGGGUAUAUGGUACGACUUCUUCAAGAGGAUUCUCAAUCCCAGAGGCAGUUCUACUGUUUCCAUCCUCUCGGAUCUUCACCAGGAAAUGAGUGCAGAGAUUGAGAGGUCAUUCCAAGACAGCAUUGAAGCUAAUCUGGCACUUUUUAUGGUUUGAGGCUAUUGGUUAGAAGCUGAUGUUUAACCCUUUUUACCCCAUAGUGACAGUAUUGUAGUUCACUAGAGCACCCACCAGAGAUUUGACAGAAGCAAGCGCAAGACAGACAUGUUUGACAAAUUUUCACAAAAGUCACAUCAUUGCUUUUUACAAAAACAAAUAUGGCAGCAUAAAGUACAAAACACGAUUGUUUUUAUUCCAUUUUGUCUUGGUUUUGUAUAUUCCAUCAAGCUGCAUAGCCAUACAGAAUUAUUUUAUAGAUCUUUAUUUUCUGCAACAAUUCCCAUGAAUGCUUUAUCAGUUUAAAGGCUUUGAUAUGGAAAAAAUGGUCUUAACAUUUUGAUGAAUAAGUGGACUAAAAUAUAUUUUAAACCUGUAUAUGAACAUAACCUGGAUAAUUAACACAUACUAAGAGGGCUAGGGCAUUUGGACCUGAAAUAAUAAUUAUAAUAAUAAAUAAAAAUGACUUUUUUAAUAGUCAUCCAUUUUAUUAAUGAUGCUGUUGGUAUAAAACCCUAAAAACAAAGCAGCUGUGGAAUAUGAUUUUUGUCUUUGCUCUAGCAUCUCUUUAUCAUUUUUUAUAUGUACUAAAAUUAAAGUUGUUUUUUCAAGUA